AUGCCACGGGUAGGCGCGUUGAGGCUUGCCGCCUCCUCUGCGCCAACGCGGCUUGUGCCGCAGGUUGCGUUUGCUGCCAGACAAGAGGAGGAGCAGGGCCUUUUGGCGAUAGGACCAGGCAAUCGUAUUCGCCCGGCGGGCGUUACGGAUUCGAGCAACACCCAGGUCGAGGUUGCUGCGCCUCUCGGUGCAGUGCUGCAGCAUCGCACGCCUGUUGCGGGCGAUGGAGCAUCGACGUUAGCCGGAAUCCUGGCUGUUCCGGAUGCGGGUCCGGCGGCAUUUGCAGCGGCGUCUUUGCAGCUGCGAGCGCAGCGCGGUCAGAGACCGUCGGCCGCCGAAUGGCGCACAAUGCCGCAGCUGCGGCUGGAGUGGUGGCUGUGUCGGCAUUGCAGAGACGCUGUCAACCACAACUCGGCCACUACCUGCAGCAGAUGUGCGUCGAGCGUCAGGGAGAUGACGCCAUAUGCAAGUCCAGCCGAGGUCGCAGCCCUCUCAGCCAACGCACAGCGCACCGCGUAUGGUCGGAGACUCAAGAGUGUGCAGGGACGAGAGCAGCCUGUCGCUCUGGCUGUUGCGCAGACGCCGGGCAGCGCCGGCUACGCCAGCGCUGUUCUUGCCCAGAUUGCGAGCUUUCAGCCUGGGUCGAAGCGGCUGGAGGCGAUGGUGGAGUCUGGUGUUUGCCUUUUUGACGGAUGGCUCGCCCUCACGACUGACGGGUCUGUCAGAUUUUGGACGCGCGACGAUGUGCGGGCAUUCUUUGCGCGCGGCGAGGGAGAGGCUCUCAUCGCCGAGUACAUUCUCUCGUGGGGAAGGCGUGUCGACAUUGGCGUUGAGGGGCAGCCACUAGUGGUUCAGGCGGCGUCGACAUUGGCGUUGAGGGGCAGCCACUAA